AUGCUUCUAGGAAUACGGAGUAGCGCUAAUCUCUCUUCGCUGAAACUUCAGCAAGGCGGUAGUAAUGAACUAACCGUCAACACGUCAUCACCUAAGAAAAAGAUAAAAGGAAGUGGUAGCUACAAAGAUCUUCAUAGUAAUUAUUCACCUUCUCCCAUUCCUUCACCUUUAUCUGCUCAUCAUGUGAAGCGCCCAGAACAGUCAAGUAGUAGAUCAGAAUCACCAUCAUCUCGCGUAGUUCCACUACCUCGGAAACAUGAGCAGAAACCUUUGAAGGUACCACAUAAUAAGAACAAGAAGAAUGCUGUCUCGGAAAUGAACACUCCUAACACUUCUCCAAUGCCGAAGCUUGAGAGUCAAAGUACUGCUGACAUGGUCCCCGUGCCAGCAGAACCUGUACCUCGAAUUUCUCCUGCUCUAAAAGAAAAUGUGCAACAAACUGCACCUGAACCGGAGCCUCCCCUACCUUUCCAAAGUUUGUUGCUUGCACAUGUGAACGACGAGGUAAAGAAAGAGAAGAAGCAGAGAGAAAAGAAAGUGAAACAAAAAGAAAAGCGAAAACUACAGGAAGAGCAAGAGGUAGUCAAAAAGGAGCCUGAGGCUCCUGAGCCGUUGCAUUUGGUUGAAGAACGUUUGGAAAGGGAACGAGCCGAGCAACAAAGAUUAGAAGAACGAGCUCGAUUACAUCUAUUAGAACUUGCUCGUGACACGGCUACACCACCGAUGAGACAAGAUUUCCCUCCUGAAGCUCCGCAGAGGCACUUAAAAAUCGUGAUAAGUAAUCCUCACAGUGAUUCGGCCAGUUCCGCUUUUUCACCACCACCUCCAACACCGCAAACUACUGUUGAACUGCCACUUCCUGUUCCUUCGCCGAUUGCUGAGCCAAAAUAUGACAACGAUUCGGAUACCAUUCCUUUCUUUGACGACGCCGUCACCGUCACGGAGGCAGUCUCAAGUGAAUCACUGGAAACGACGUUCCCAUUCAAUAUAAGCAUGCAGGAACCCACAUCUCCACAGAAAAAGAAGAAAAGAAAGGAUAAGGAGAGGGAUCGUUCGGGUUCGCCGCACAGGAAGGAAAAGAAACGAGAUAAGGAACAUAAGAAAAAGAAGAAGAAGAAAGAACGAGAGAAAGAGCGGCAUAGGGAAGGUCGUGAUAGCGAAGAGCAUCAACACGCUCGAAGUUCGUCAUCUAAAGAAACACAUGAGCCAAAAUUCACUUUGAAAAUUCGUAUCGGUGAUCAAACGUCUACCACGGAAACGAUUGCUGAAUCCAGUCCACAACCUGAACCCGUGAAAAUCAAGUUCAAAAACUUUCCUGUCGAAGAAACUCCACCCAGAAAGGAAGAGCAAAAAAUGGUGCCUCCACUAAAGCUGGGACCGUUUUCCGCGCCGAAGGAGGUGAAGGAAGAGCCGAAAAGGAAAUUCUAUACGAAGGCUGAACUAAAAGCACCGGCACCGGCUUUUUCAAGUUUCGCUGAUAAGCCGUCAAAGGAAGAGCGAAAGAGGAAGAAGAAAGAAGAUGAAGAAAGGAGAAGAGAAAAAGAAGAACGGAGACAGCGAGAAAAGGAGGAGAAAAGGCGACAGGAAAUGGAGCGUGAAAUGGAGCUACAACGGGAACGUGAACGAGAACGGGAACGUGAGCGGGAACGUGAACGCGAACGGGAGCGGGAACGGGAACGAGAACGAGAACGCGAGCGUGAACGAGAACGGGAACGAGAACGGGAACGGGAACGGGAGCGAGAGAAAGAAAAGGAGAGGGAACGUGAACGAGAAAUGGCCGAGCAAAAAGAAAAAGAACAACGAGAGAAGGAGCAAAGAGAAAAGGAUCGGGAAAAGCAACGACGUGAAAAGGAUGCACAGCUACCUCCGCCAGUGAUGGCAUUUGUCAAAGCAGAGAAGAAAAAAGUGAAGAAGAGUAAAGAAAAAAGGCGCAGCAAAGAAGAGAAAAAGAAUCAGGUGGAAGUGGUGACCCCAGUUCCUGAUGAUAAUUCAGAAGAAGGGGACGACGAUAGCUCAGAUGUUGUCUGGAUUUGCCCUUCGUGUUCGGUUGCCUGGACUGAGGGCGCUACUAUGGUUUGCUGUGAUAUGUGUGAUAACUGGUUUCAUUGGCACUGUGUAGGCCUACUCGUUGCUCCUCCUGAUGAUGUGCCAUGGUUCUGUCAAAAGUGUGCUUGUAAAAAACAAAGUGAAAAAUCAGGCAAGCGUCCUGGAAGUAAGCUAGAGGGAUCCAUGCGGAAGCGAAAGAAGCUCCCCUGA